ACGGUCAGUCCAAGGAUUGUCCUGAAAAGCAGAGGAGCUAUUUUGGUCUGUGUUUGAGAGAGGGAUGAGUAUCUGUCUUCCGCUUUUCUUUUCUGCUGGUACAGAAAGGAUUUAUUUAUUACCAUCAACCACAAUGAGUAGAACAACAUUCUUUGAGGUGGAGAUCAUUGAUGCAAAGACAAAGGAACAGCUUUGUUUUUUAGAUAAGGUGGCCCCUCACUCAACAAUAGGAGACAUAAAGAAUCUAUUUUACAAAUCAUAUCCUCAGUGGUACCCAGCAAGACAGGCAUUAAGGCUUGAUCCUAAGGGAAAAUUGCUCAAAGAUCAUGAGAUCUUACAGAAUCUACCGGUGGGAACCACUGCCACCAUGUACUUUAAAGAUCUCGGUCCACAGCUAGGUUGGACUACGGUAUUUUUUGCAGAGUACAUCGGAGCCCUGCUCACAUACCUGGUCUUCUUUUUUCGAGUGCCGUAUGUUUACCCUCACACGUAUGCCUUUACCUCCAGCAGCCAUCCUGUUGUUACAUUUGCUUGUGUCUGCCACACGCUCCACUAUAUGAAGAGGCUUAUGGAGACCAUCUUUGUCCACCGUUUCUCCCAUGGGACCAUGCCACUCAGAGCAAUAGUCAAAAACUGUGCCUAUUACUGGGGUUUCUCUGCAUGGUUAGCCUACUACAUCAACCACCCUCUUUAUACGCCUCCAUCCUAUGGAGAACUUCAAGUCAACUAUGCUCUAUUCACAUUUGUGAUGUGUGAAAUGGGCAACCUCUCUAUUCAUAUCAGUUUGCGUAACCUUAAAGUAGAUGGACUCAGGGUUAGAAAGUUUCCUAUGCCAACCAAGAAUCCCUUCACAUGGCUUUUUUUCUUUGUAUCCUGUCCAAAUUAUACUUACGAGGUCGGUGCAUGGAUGAGCUUUACAGUAAUGACCCAGUGUCUUCCAGUGGCAAUAUACACUUUAUUUGGGUUUAUUCAGAUGUCCAUCUGGGCCAAAGGGAAGCACAAAGCCUACCUACGAGAGUUCAAAGACUAUCCAAGUGUCCGGAUGGCCAUUAUUCCCCUGAUUUUUUGAUUAUUGAUAACUGCUAAAGCUUGCAUCCCAUGAGGGCUGCACAAUGCAACUUUGUACUGAGAAACGGUAAAAAAGCUGAGCAAUAAUGUAGAGAUGCACUUUAGCUGCGCCUUAAAAGUUUCCUUUGAGUAUUUUAAAAUUUCUGUUUAGUUGCAACAGCACAGACAUGGACAAUAGGUUUGGCAGCGACCCAUAUAAGGUUUGGCAAACUUAACAGCUUUCAUUUGUGAGGUAACUAAUCAGACCAUGUAGAUAUAAACACAGAAUAAUCUGAUGCAUAUUUGUUAACUAAAAAACUCUUGAUUUUACCUCAGCAGAGAUAUAUAUAUAUUUUUAAAUAAUUUCAAAUCUAUAGACAAGGCUGCAAAAUAGUACAGCAAAUACAAUGUUAUUUGAAUAGCAGGUUGAUUGAAAUUACAUUUUCACCAUUUUUUGCUCUGAUAUCUCAUAACUUUCAGUGCUACCAAUUACCCCUAGAAGUCACCUGAAUAGUAAAGUCAGUCUGUUUGUCUUAUCUUUUUAAGAACUUCCUUGAUAAUGAGGUGGAUUUAUCUCAAAGGACUUAUCCUUUUCAAUUUCAAUAAAAUACAUAAUUGACAAACACACUAUAGUGUUUGCUCCUGCAGUUCCAUUCAUUUUAGACUAGUAAUUCCACUGGUACCUGGUUAGUAGAUCAACCUUUUGCACUGGGACAAGUCUUUAGUUUCAUAUGUAUGCAAACUUUUUGAAAAUCAGACCUUUUGUUUGGGAGGUCACUUAGCAAUUGAAGAGUCGACCCCAACUGUGGAAUAUGCAGGUAGAAGCAUUGUAGUGAGAGGCUUCAGGAGCAACAUGGAGACUGGUCAGAGUUUCCUUUUGCAUGAACCACAUUUGAUUUGCACUUCUUAAUGCAUGAGGCCCCAUGUCUGGAUUUAAAAUUUUAAGUUUAAAAG